AUGAACACCGCAACCCGCAACGCGACGCUCAUAGCGCGCAAGCAGCUGUCCGCCGCAUCCUUCGUCUGCCGCACCUGCCGCCAACAACAACAGCGCCGACAAUACUCGAGUACCAACCCGACAACUCCACCCCCAGCGCCCCCCUCCGCCGGCUACGCCGCCCUCCCCUCGCGCCGCCUCAUCUCCGUAGCCGGCGCCGACGCCGCCAAGUUCCUCCAGGGCGUCAUCACGGGCAACAUCGCCUCCGAGGCCGCCCGCGCGCGAAAGACGGGCUUCUACGCCGCCUUCCUCAACGCCACGGGCCGCGUCCUGCACGACGUGUUCAUAUACCCAGACCUCGCGGGCCUCGCCGGCGGCGCGGCGGCGGCAGAGUCGGAACAGGCCGGUACGCGGUUCCUCAUCGAGGUGGACGCCAACGAGGCGGAGAGGCUGGCGAAGCACAUUAAGCGGUACAAGCUGCGCGCCAAGCUCACUGUGCGGCUGCUCGCGGCGGACGAGGCGACGGUGUGGCAUGCCUGGAACGACAACAGCGCGAAACCGAUUACGGCGGACACUGCGCUGCUAGACACAAUUACCAAGGAUCCUCGGACGCCUGGGUUGGGAUACCGCGUGGUGCAGGGCGGGGACGCGGCCGCGGCACCGCCUGGGCUGGCACUGGAUCUGGACGUCACGACGGAGGACAGCUACACCAUCAGGCGGUACCUGCAGGGCGUCGCCGAGGGCCAGGACGAGGUCAUCCGUGAGCACGCGCUGCCGCAGGAGACGAAUAUGGACUACAUGAACGGGAUCGACUAUCACAAGGGAUGCUACGUCGGGCAGGAGCUCACGAUCCGGACCAAGCACCGCGGCGUGGUGCGCAAACGGAUCCUGCCGUGCAUGAUUUACGACGUGGACAGGGCGGCGCCCCAGACGCUGCAGUACCGACCAGAGGCGGCAGACCAGGACGCGGCGAAUCGCGGGCCCGGGGCCGGUCUGCCCGCGGAAUCGAUCCCGCGCGAGACGAGCAUCGGGAGGUCUGGCAAGAAGGGGCGGAGCGCGGGCAAGUGGCUCAAGGGCAUUGGGAACGUCGGCCUGGGCCUAUGCCGGCUGGAGAUCAUGACGGACGUCGUCUUACCUGGCGAGACGGCCGCGUCCACCUUUGACCCCGCCAACGAGUUCUUGCUGAAGUGGGGCGAGGGCGAGGGGGACGGUGAGCAGAGCAACGCAGUGAAGAUCAAGGCAUUCGUGCCCGAGUGGUUGAGGAACGGGUUGAACGAGGCAUCUGGGUAA